UUCACCAGACAAGCGUUUGAGGGGAGAGAGGAGGGACAGGCAGGAGUGAGUGAAGUACGGGCAAGGCUGAUGACAUCCAAUGUUUCAACGCUGAAUCAUCUACAGCAACAGACAACUCGUGAGUUUGGAAAGUUAUAAAUGUUUUUUUUUGUUACUUUGUAAAGAGAGCAUUGUAGCCUAUGUCAAACCUCUUGAACCCGAGACAAAGACUGUUCUGGGGACUGCCCGUAGAGCUCGAACCCACAUUCACACUGACAGGCGGAGGAACGGGACAGGCGGAGAGAGUUUGGAAGGAGAGAAAAACUUGUCGAAAAAAUCCUAACAGUCCACUUCUGCAUCAAGAAAUGCCCUAAAAUUACGCACAAAGGAGUUUAUGGAGACGAGAAGAAGAGUUGUGGUGACAACGAGAGGGGAAAGUUAGAGGAGAGUAGAGCAGAAGAGUGGAGAGCACGGGAAAGUCAGAGAGGAGAAUCUAGUCUACCUGGGAAAGGGGUCAGAGAAUGAAUUAGCGAACAACGAGUGCCCUGUGUCGCAGCCAACAGUAAGGGUUCUCUGUGUCUCUGUCAGGCUUGACACCUGUCCCCCCCCCCCACCCCCUAGUGAGCCACACCCAUGGAUGAGGAGAGGAGCCCCCCUGUCAGCUCACCUGAGCCCCCUGAUGAUAGGGACCCACUUCCCCCCACUCCGCAUCCCAACCCCUCCACGGACAUCCCAGCCUCCACCCCUAUUUCAACCCCCACACACACCACAGAUUUGGACAGGAGCAUGGAGCCCCUCAUCGAGAUGCCAAAGGUUAAACCAGAGGGGUUGCUAGGAGACACAGAGAACGGCAACAACAACAACAGUCUCUCACAGCCGGACCUGACGACACCUAGCAAGAGCAUUACCUGUCAGCCCCAGGCUCGAUCCACCCACAUCCACCCCACCCAACCCUGCCUAACACAGUCAACCAGCCAGCCACGAGACGGAGCCAAGCCCCACACACAACCCUCCCUAACACAGUCAACCAGCCAGCCACGAGACGGAGCCAAGCCCCACACACACGGCCCCAACUGCACGCACGCCCCUCACACCAACGGAGUGAGGAACGGAGGCCCCUGUGAUCGGCCGGCCCCUGGCUCCCUCCCUAAGGCAGCCUCUUCCUCCUCCUCGUCGGGGAUGAAGAACUCCAAGAAGCUCCAGUCCAACCCCUCCAUCACCUCUCAGAGCAGCAAGAGGAGCAAGAGCUCCUCCAAGAGCAACAGCUCCCAGAUACCUACAGAGGUACAGGAUGACUGUUGUGUUCACUGUAUCCUGGCCUGUCUGUUCUGUGAGUUCCUGACUCUGUGUAACAUCGUGUUGGACUGUGCCACCUGUGGUUCGUGUGCGGGGGACGACUCGGCGUGCUUCUGCUGCUGCUGCGCCUCGGAGGAGUGCGGCGACUGUGAACUGCCGUGUGACAUGGACUGUGGGAUCAUCGACGCGUGCUGCGAGUCUGCAGACUGCCUGGAGAUCUGUAUGGAGUGCUGCGGCCUCUGUUUCUCCUCCUGAGCCUCCCAAACUGCAGUGGGUGAUAUCUCUCUGUCUCACACAGCCCAGGCUCAGUAGAGAGGGUAAUGGAGGGGCAGGACCAUUGGCCAAUAUUGAGGACAUAUUGAGAGUUGCCAUUGGUCCACGUAAGGACAUAUCAUUGGCUUUGACCAAGAUCAAGUGCUGGCAUUGGUCAAUGUUGUGGACAAUCCAUUGGAAUUGACCAAUCUAAGGACAUGGACUACUCUUUGGCUUGUCCUGCUCACCUCUCUUCUGUGUUGCCUGUCAGUUUGCUAAGGAGAAUUAUGGAUAUCUCCCUUGUUACCACCCAUUGCUAUGCAGAUGUGUAUACUGCAUGAUAGCUGUGAUCCAGCGAUGGUUCUGAACGGCUUCUCUCUCUGGACUGUUCCUUUGGACCCUCAGUGAUCUGCCUCAGUGAGCUGUCUCUUCUUACAGCAGAACCCCCUGUCUCCAGAGGCUCAGCAGCACAAUGAAUGGAUCUCUCCAUGCAUGAAAAUGACCUCGCAGGCAAAUGAGAAAAGGCUCCAUUUAACAGGAUUUCAGUGUUUCUGUAGAUAAGACAGCAGAGUAAUAGGAAAAUGGUCGCUCAGAUCGGAGCAGAACCCUAGUUUGUCCUUGGCAAGGUUAAAGUCUUCCAGUUUUAGUGCUAACCGUUUUUCUCAGCGUGCACAGUUUGUGUGGAGGGUGUGUCUACUGUAGAUGACUAGGACUGGGAGUAGGGGGCUUGGCUACAAACCAAUGGAAAUAUGUCAACACUAAACACGUUUUCAUCCACAGUUUAUGCAAGUGAAGUCAUACCGUAUAAACAAAAAUCAGGACAGCUGUGAAAAAAUACAAAAAUACAAAAAAUGCCGACAUUUUUGUGCCGGUAAAAUGUAUUAUGCGAGAAAUGGUGAAGUGAUGAUCGACGCUUGACUGCCAUUUGACAAGUACAGAUAUUCUCACUCUUAUCCAUAAUAACCGUAUCAUGUAGACGAGCCUAUCUGCUCAGUAUCUGAGAGCUGAUGGCUACAGCGCAUCUGCCAAGACCAGAGUUGGCAAAUUUGCUAUUUAACACAGCAGUUUUUGUGACUAAACUAUUGGUAGAGUUGAAAAUGUGAUGGAAACACUUUAGAUUUACUUUAGAUGUUAGAUUUAGAUUUUUAUUUGGUACAUGAAAGCUGGAGAGGAAAAGUACAUUUUGUGUCACUGCUUUAUCAGGCACUGAUUUUUAUACGCAUAUUUUCUUUAUGCAAAUUCAGAAUAUUUGCAUGAACAUCUGUCUCAAAUUGGAUGGAAACCUAGCUACUGCUACAAAUAUUUUUUUUCCGUAGCCAGCAUUAGCACACCUGAUUCAGCUAAUCGAGAUUUUAUGGUUAGUUGAUGAAUUGAGUAGUGCUGGGCUGGAACGAAAGUCUGCAGUGUUUGUAGGGGCGUUAUUGACAGACCAAACAAUCGACACAUCCUCCAUCUGACUCAAACAUGUGAAAGGAGAGCUCGUCUUUCAUCUUUCUGUAAUUGUCCAAAUGUCUGGCUGUAAACUGAUCACAGAUGGUUACUAACAGAUAGACUGGAAGAGAUCAUUCAAACUCUCAAUGCUUUUACCUCCUCAUUCUCUUGUACUGUAUAGUAUGUGAACGGAAGGCCUCUGCUUUACUCCAGGCCUGGAUUGUCUCUCCUUGCAACAAAAAUUCUAUUAAUCCAUCUUAUUUUGUGUAGAUUUUAGUUUAGAUAUUUGCAUUUCUCUUCCAAUGUGAAAUCACAUUUCUAUGUUAUCAGUUCCAACCUCUCUCCCUGCAAAGCAGUCGUUCUUCAAAAUGUCAUUUCAUUCCCAGAUUUAGAAUAUCUGCGGAUAUUAUGCUAAGUAUGAUCCAUAUGCUAGCAUUUUGAAUGGUAAGUAUAUUAGUUUUAUCAUAAUAGAAUAGAUCCUGCACACUCCAACACAUACCCUUUUCUGCCCAGCAACUCAUGAGAUAUAAUGUCUUUUUCUACUAAGAUUAUGUUUGUAUAUUUUAUACCCAGUGGGUUCUGAUUGCCCUCAGCAAAAACUGUGUUGGUCCUCUUAUGACUUUGGGGUCUAUUCAAUCUGAAACUCUGAAGCGUUACAGAUUCUGCGCUAUGCAUUUUAAGGUAAUUUCCGAUUGGGCCGACAUUUGCAGCGUUUACCGUGAAUGUAGUCAAUCAUGCUGUAGAGCUGAACUUCCGCGAUGCAGAUUGAAUAGGGCCCUUUGUCUCUCAGAAAUACCAAAGCAAAUCAAAGAGUUUGCUGUUGCUGAAUCUUUACAUCCUAUAUUCUGUGGAAGGUUUUAAACUUGGUUGUAGGCUAUGGCUAAUCAAACUAGCCAAUUGCUUGAUUCCAAAGACUACAGACUUUACAGAUAGAUAAUCUGUAUUGUAUUACUGGGUGUAACUAGUAAUGAAAGACAUGCCUUAUUGGGAAUACUAGGAAUCUCUGAUGAAAGAGCUAACUGUACAUCUACAUGGAGAUUAAGGUAAGAUUAAAAAUAUGCAUUAAAGUUUUAUUCCGGAUUACAAAUAA